AGUACUUUAAUCCAAACAAACCUUUAGGGCUUUCCCUCCCCUCUGGCUAAUCCUGCGGAGAAACGGAUCACCAUAAGGAAUAUCAGAAAUGACAACGACAUCGGAAAGAAGGUCAUGUUGUUUUCGGUCAAGGUAUUCUGUUUGUUUUUGUAAAAAGAGUAUACAAACGCGAUCUGCUUUGCAGAAUAGAAGCUCCUUGCUUUACAGACACGUGGAGGAAACUUUUAAAGUAUCGCAGGGUGUUUGGUUCGUGCGAAAGGCAGUCACAGGCAGGGAGGAGGAUUAUAGGAAGGUCUCCGAGCUGCUCCUUAUCGCGCUGUAACAUCCAGCCUGCAGACGCACUCAAGACGCGUCUUCGAGCCUCAGAGAGGAGAGGGGAAAACAAAAAACAAAACAACAACUAAUGGAAAACAAAAUGAACGGAAAGAUGAGCGCCAUCAGCACCACUUCGAUUGCUGAUUCCACUGAUUCGAGAGUAAGUGACAUGAUUGAUGGCUUCAACAGGUCCACCAAACCGCCCGCGCGUAAUUUGGCGAACCCAGACCCUUUAAUUCAUGGUUUAAAUCUGAGCGGGGACUGUUCCGUUUAUAAAGACUGCAAUGUCGUCGGCGCUGCCGUGUCUGCUAAACAGUUUUAUGACAGCAACAGUGAUUAUUUAAAGUCCGACGUUCCCUGGGAGGACUUUGUUAAACUCCAGAGGAGCAGCGCAUCUAUUUCGGAAAGCUUGCCAGGGGCGAAUGUAAGCCUCUCCUCCGCGUCCGGGGCUUGCAAGUUCAUCAAAGACGAAAAGGAGCCCUCGGUGAUUAUGGACACCCCCUGCCCGAGGUUUGACGCAUCACCUGAGAUCCCAGGUCUCGACACCUGCUGCGACACCGACAGCAAGCACCACCUGGGGCUGGAAGUGGCUCCCCGGCCGCGGCUGGAGGGCUCUCCGAACUGUCUCAUAGAGUUGAACCAGCCAGAGCAGCUGGGGAACCCCGGAAGAACCGACUCCAGGUGCGCUCUGUCCGCCCAUUCACCUGCGCCUCUCGCCGUGUACAAGGCAGAGGCUUCCCGCUGGCAGAUCCAAACCUCCACCUCUGAGUCCCAGUACUGGCUCCAUUCCACAGGCAUGGCCGAGACAGACGCGUUCUCAGCCAGCAGCUACGACGGGAUUCAGAACCACACCCAGACCCAGAGGAACCCUUCACCAUUCGCCACAUUUCCAGGGAUGCAACCUCAGAGAAUGUGUGUUAUCUGUGGUGAUGAAGCAUCUGGAUGCCACUAUGGCGUCUUAACAUGUGGGAGCUGUAAAGUCUUUUUCAAAAGAGCAGUGGAAGGCCAUCACAGCUAUCUCUGUGCUGGGCGAAAUGACUGCAUUGUGGACAAAAUUCGGAGGAAAAAUUGCCCCGCGUGUCGCCUCAGAAAGUGUUAUCAAGCAGGAAUGAUGCUUGGAGGCAGGAAACUGAAGCGUUUUGGAGCCUUGAAAGCUUUAGGUCUGGCCCCGUCCCUGAUGUUCCAGUCCCAUUUGGCCAUGUCCGGGGAUGGCCAGGCCUUGACAUCCAUGUCUUGUGUACCAAGCAUCCACGAGAUCCAGCUGUCCCAACAAAUAAUUAACGUCCUGGAAAACAUCGAGCCCGAGAUUGUGUACUCGGGUUACGACAACUCACAACCCGAAGUCCCCCAUCUUUUGCUCAACAGUCUCAACAGGCUGUGCGAGAAACAGCUGCUGUGGAUCGUCAAGUGGUCCAAGUCCCUGCCAGGUUUUCGGAAUCUGCACAUCAAUGAUCAGAUGACUCUUAUCCAGUACUCGUGGAUGAACCUGAUGGUGUUCUCUCUCGGUUGGCGCUCCUUUCAGAAUGUCACCAGUGAAUAUCUAUACUUUGCACCUGAUCUGGUUCUCAGCCAGGAGCAAAUGAGGAGAUCACCCAUUUAUGACCUUUGCCUGGCGAUCCAGUUUAUUCCUCAGGAGUUUGCCAACCUCCAAGUGACCCGUGAGGAAUUCCUUUGCAUGAAAGCUAUAAUAUUACUCAAUACAGUGCCUCUUGAAGGCCUGAAAAGCCAGGCAGCAUUUGAGGAAAUGAGACAAAACUACAUACGAGAGCUUUCCAGAGCCAUCCACAUGAAGGAGAAGGGCGUGGUGGCCAGCUCCCAGCGAUUCUACCACCUUACCAAACUGAUGGACGCCAUGCAUGAUAUAGUGAAGAAGGUCAACCUGUUCUGCCUGAGCACCUUCAUCCAGGCGGACGCCAUGAAAGUGGAGUUCCCGGAGAUGAUGUCAGAGGUGAUCGCCUCUCAGCUUCCCAAGGUGCUGGCCGGCAUGGUGAAACCCUUGUUGUUCCACACAAAGCAGUAGCGCAAAAACAACAUCCCGACUCUGGCGGCAGCGUUUGACUGGGUUAUUGCUGCAGAAUACUGGAUUCUUCAGACCCCGCAUUGCACUGUAGUCAGUUAUAUAAACGUUGAUAAAUGCCUCAGGGUAAGGCAGAGUGAUCAACAACAGACCAAGUGCCUACAAAAGCAUUCAUAUCCUUGAUUUUUCUUUUUUUUUUUUUUUUUUCAAUUUCGGGUUACAUUACAGCCACAAACUUUAAUAUAUUUUAUUUGAGUUUUCUUUGAUAGAUCGACACAAAGGAGCGCAAAAGUUUUAAGAGGAAGGAAACUGAUUGGUUUUCAAAAUCUAAACUUUAUACAGACCCUCGUGUAGCUUCAGCUCUUUUCGGUGAUAGCAUUGCAUAUUUAGACUCAAUUUCUUUGCCCAAUCUUAUUUGUGAACUAGUUCAACAACAAUUUGACUCUGACUGGGCUGUGCUAACACAGGAAUAUGCUUUAAUUUAAACCCCUCCAUUCUAGCUCUGGCUGUACGUUUAGUGUUGUCUUAGUGGAGGUUGAACCUCAGCCCCAAUCUGAAGUCAAUUGCAGCUUUUUAUAGGUUUUAACAUUUUCCUUUAGCUGUCCAUGUUGAUGAGGAGCAUCCCCACAGCCUAAUGCUGCCACCUCCAUGUAAACUCCAUAAACUCUUAACUUCCUCAUAACCUUAAUUUUAUCUGUGACCUGUGUGGUCUGUAGUGUGAAGUGGGCUUCAUGAUAUUGUCGGUUCACUGAUGUUCUCUAAAAAAAAACAUCAUCUGUAAUUCUAAUGAGAUUAAAUUAAACACAGGUGGACUUUUUACUAUGUAGGUAAUUCUAAAGAAGAUUGUUGAAAAUCAUCGUUUUUUACUUCAACUUUACAAUUAGACACUAACGUGUGUUGGUCUAUCACAUAAAAACACAAUAAAAUAUAUUAAUGUUCAUGGUUGUAAUGCGACGAAAUCUGAAACACUGCAAAGGGUAUAAACAUUUUUGCAAGGCACUGUAUCAUAAAUAUAAUACAGUGGCCUUAACAACUAUUGUUUUUUGGUACAGAUGUGUAAAAUUACAUAUUUACUUUUUAAUCCUUCUUCUGUCAGUAGAUAUAAGCAUGUUUAGUCAUGUAGCUAGUUUCUUUGAGCAAUUUCCUGACUUAUGAAGAUCAACACAUGUCUGCCUUACUUAAACUGUCUGCUCUCCUGUCUUUCCCAUUUUGGAGAGCAACCCAUGAGAAAUGGGGCUCUGUGUCAUUAAUUGCUAAUCAAAAGUUUCCAGAUAUAAUCAACAUAAAAUAUUAGGAAAAAAAAUCUCAAUAAAAAAUGUUUUAGUUGCACUUGUUUAAUUUCAGUUGUUUGGCUUUGUUUGGAUUCAUGAGUAAAAAUGAAAGCUAUUACGUAAUGAUGUGAGCUUUGUUUUCAUCAAUGAAUAAAUGUACUCAAAUUAAAGGUUAGAUUUUUCAAAAAAAAAAAAAAAAAUUCUCAGUGUGAGAUUUUACUACUGCAAUAUAAUAUACAGCUUUUUACACAUCUCUACCAGAAGUUACAAUAAUUGUGUAAGGUUCUGUAAAUUCAGAUGCGUCAGUCAUUCAAUCUCUCGUGUAUUCUUGUGUAUCAAACAUUUCCCAUCCUGCCACUUGUGUACAGUUUUAUCAAUUUGCAGGAACACAGUAGAUAAACAAAAAAAGAAACAUCAGAAAUAGAAAUACUGAUAUUUUUGUACUGAAGCUGAAAAAAAUAGAUAUACAGAAAAAAGUCUAACAAAGCUUGCCUUGUUCGAACAGAAAAAUGACAUAACCUAUUGGUGUUAUAAGAUAACCAGAUUAAAAUAUAGUCAGGGGAAAGAAAACAGAGAUAUCUAUAGUCAAGUAUUUCCACAGAAAAAUAAAACUAAGAAACAACUUGCGUAUGUGCACAAAAAACAGGAUUUAUUUUAUUUUCAGAACCGACAAAAUUUAUCAUUUAAAGAAUAAUUAAUAUUUUUUAUUUUUUUUCAAGCCAGUGAAGUUCAUGACAAAAGUAACAAAAGUGAAAACUGUUUAAUUAAAUCUCUUUACGUUUAAAAUGUAACUAAUCACUCAAACCUUAACACAUAAUCCAACUUUAACAGCGUUUGGAUUGUGGUUGUUGCUGUUGUAGCUUUGAUUACCCUAGCAACAUGGAUCUGAAUUAAAACAUGCAUGGAGUGGAAAAGUAUUUGUGCCUUCAUAGAUUUCUUCUGUUUCACACUAAAAUGCUUCAAAUCAUCAAACUCAUCUUAAUGUAAUUUCAGAUUAACAUGAGCAAACAUUUAAAAGCACUUUUUAAAUAAUGACCCCAUUGGUAUUUAGGGAAAUACAAGCUAUUGAGACCUAUGUGAAAAAAAAACCAAAACACCAAAACCCUCUAUGUGAAAUCCUAAAUUAACCACAAUUUGUGAAAGUUCAAUUUCACUAGCAACAUUUGGACCUAAAUACUGCCAUACCUUCUCAAUCAUAAGGUCACUUAAAUACAACCUGUCUGACAACAUGAAGUAGGCUAAGAGAGCUUUAAAAAACCCUAACACGUCAUUCACUGAUCUAAAGAAAUUCAAGAACAGACGAGAAACAAAGUAAUUUGGCUUAAUCAGUCUGACAGCAUUAUCGGACACUUUUGUAGUCCAGUGAACCAAAUGGAGAAAACAUAGCAGUUGUGAACCUUCUCAGGAACGAGAAGCAUACCAAAAUUCAUCUAGGAGGACACAAAAUAACCCAGAACAGCAUCUGAAGCACAGAAGGCCUCAGUUACGGUCAGAGUUCAUCAUGCAACAAAAAGAAAGAGACUAGGCAAAAAUGGUAUCCGUAGGAGAGUUCUAAGGCAAAAGUAAAAAUUAAAAAAAAUCAUCUUACAUUACAAUAAGAUCUAAUUAAAUGUAUUGAUCACAGAAUUGGUAAAAAAAAAAAAAAA